AUGACUGCGGCCGCUGUACCUCCGUCCUACGCCAAGUAUGAGGUCAGGCGGCGAAACCCUAACCCUGCGUCUGCCGCUCUGCUUGUGAUCGACAUGCAGAAACACUUCACAUCGAUAGCCAAGCCCAUCCUCUCCACCCUGAACGCCACCGUUGACCUCUGUCGCUCUCAGGGAAUCCCCAUCUUCUUCACCAGGCACCGACAUGAGUCCCCCGCUGACUACGGCAUGCUGGGUGAAUGGUGGGAUGGGGACCUCAUCAUGGAAGGAACUUCUGAUGCCGAGCUCCUUCCGGGUCUCCAUCGGCAGGAGGCUGACGCGGUGGUGGAGAAGUCCACCUACAGUGCAUUCAGAGGUACGGGGCUGGAGGAGGUGUUGAGGGAGAAGGGUGUGGAGGAGGUAAUUGUGACGGGGGUUAUGACUAACCUGUGCUGCGAGACGACGGCGAGGGAGGCCUUCAUCAAGGGUUUCAGGGUUUUCUUCUCCACUGAUGCGACAGGGACCGCAAACGAAGAGCUUCACGAGGCCGCAUUGAAGAACAUGGCAUAUGGAUUCGCGUAUCUGGUUAAUCGUGAGAGGCUCGAGACGGCUUUCGCUGGCGGCACUUGA